AUGACAGCUUCGACAAUGGCGGACACUGCACUCAACUCUGCUGCCAUUAACGAGGUCUCUGAUGUCCUCAAAGACAAACUAAUCGAUGCCGAAUACAAGAUUUGGAAGAAGAAUACUCCUUACUUGUACGAUGUCGUCAUGACACAUGCUCUCGAAUGGCCCAGUUUGACUUGUGAAUGGUUGCCCACCGUCAAGAGUGCUGGACCCAAAACCAACGAACAUUCUCUUUUGAUUGGAACCCACACGGCCGGAGACGAACAAAAUUAUUUAAUGGUGGCUUCUUGCAACUUGCCAAAAGACGAUGUGGUGAUUGACAAUCGGACUCAAAAGGAUGACGGUGGCGACGACGAGGAGGCCGAGCAGGAAGGAGAAAAUAGCGAACCCAAGGCUACCGCUGCAACUAGCGAAGCCAAAGCUGCGGCUGCCUACAAUGAAGAAAAGGGCGAAGUCGGUGGAUUUGGACACGCCUCCUCUAAUAUUGGAAAGAUUGAAAUUCGCAUGAAGGUCAAACAUCAAGGAGAAGUCAAUCGGGCUCGGCACAUGCCUCAAAAUCAUUUCUUUGUGGCCACUCGUGGUCCUGGAGCCGAAUUGUAUGUCUUUGAUUUGUCCAAACAUCCUUCCUUUCCUGCUGAGGAUUCCGUCUUUUCGCCUCAAGUCGUUUGCUGCGGUCACACCCUCGAAGGUUAUGCCAUGGAAUGGUCUCGCCUGACAAAAGGACACCUUUUGUCUGGAAGUGAAGAUACCAAUGUUUGUCUUUUUGAUAUCAACUCCAAUGGUUCCAAUGAAAAGGCUGGCCGACAAGUCAAGCCAUUGUCUACCUUCAAGGGACACACCAAGGUGGUGGAAGAUGUCGACUGGCACUGCAAGGAUCCCCACAUGUGUGCGUCGGUGUCAGACGACCGCACCAUUCGCAUUUGGGAUACUCGUGAUCCCACCAAGGCCAUGCAUGUUGUGGAAAGCAAACACGAGGGCGAUAUCAACAGCAUUGCUUUCAAUCCAGUGAACGAAUUCCUCUUUGCGACGGGGUCGGCCGAUUCGACUGUGGCCUUGUGGGAUUUGCGGAAUUUGGAAAAACGCACCCAAACGUUGUCGGGACAUACCGAUCAGGUGUACAUGGUCAACUGGGCUCCCCAUGAUGAAUCCGUCUUGGCGUCUUGCAGUGCCGAUCGACGAGUGGGUCUCUGGGAUUUAUCGCGCAUUGGUGCCGAACAAAGUCCAGAAGAUGCUGAAGAUGGACCACCGGAAUUGCUCUUUUUGCAUGGAGGACACACGGCCAACGUCUCUGAUUUUUCGUGGAAUGCCAAAGAUCCUUGGACCAUUGCCAGUGUAUCUGACGAUAAUGUGCUACAAGUAUGGCAUCCAGCAGAAGAAAUCUAUGCUGGUGAGGAGGAAGAAUACGAUAGUACUGGAGAAGGGGAAGACAAAAUGCUAGGGGAUGAUGACUUGGAGUAG